AUGACCGUAUCUCCCGAUGAAUGGGCCGAUAUCACGGAAGAAUUGACGCUCGAUUGUGCUCAAUUGAAGCUUGGACAGCUCGUUCAUGAGCCUGCUUUUUCGCUGCAUGAGGCGAUGACGGCGAUUGAAAUUAUGCAUCCACAGGCAGCAAACGUUUAUGACGACGAAGAAUUCCAGCCUGACAUGGGUUACGGCUUCAACCUCGCUGCCGAGAAGAAUAUCACCGGCAUCGUCAAGUUUUUGAAUGAUUCGAGUAGCGACGCCGCUAGAUUGGCAAAGAAAGCUAAUUUGAAAGAAGAUAUCGAUGGUUGGAACGGUGUCAGUUCGGACAUGAAAAUUGAUACGGACAAGUUAUCUCAACUCAUUUCUUCUACUUUGAAGCUCAUAUCAGCUGCGUUUCCCCGAGAUGUGCCAAUCGUCCCUCCAGACGACGUUUAUCUUAAACUGGCUCCGAUUCUCGAGGAGUUCCGCCAUCUACUCAAGAUGUUCAACUUUACAGCUUACGAGCAGUUCCUGGACUUUACUCGAUCUUUCUCAGACAAGUCCCCGUCCCUUAUCGCGCGGAGCUUGCUCUUCGUCAUUUUCAUCCCUUCUAAUCGAAAAAUUCUUGGAAAGUUGAUGAUGGCAAAUGUCAUCGAGAGUUCUAUCUGCUCGUAUCUCAAGUUGGAUCUGUCAAAGGAGUUCAGGAGUAAUAGAAACGUUCAAUUCUGGACUUCUACUUAUGGCUGCAGCAUAUUUUGCAAUCUAAUUCAAGACUACUGCUUCAACAAAGCAAGGCAGAGGGAAAGAAUUGAAUUUGAGCUGGAGACUAUUGGACGGUUGAUUGACGAAGUUGAUAGAGCGGUCAACGAACCAGACAUCAAGACUACCACCGUGGAGCAAAUCUAUCUGAACUGGAUCGUCCUUCAAGCAUCGCUUAUCAUGGAAGUCUAUCUGACGCAAGGAUUCAGCCUCGGCUUGUAUGCAAACUACGAAUUAGAAUACAUCAACUUCUACCUCGGCGAUGUGAUUUACCCUUCCAUUUUGCGAUGUCUAUCCAGCUUUCAAUCACUCAACCAAAAUAUACGAAAAGGAAAAAAGAUUAAGUCGGAUACAAUCUCCGAGCGUCUUCAGCUGUACGGGAUACAGAGCCAUUUAUCUAGAGCUACGUUCUUUUCCAUUCGUGGAUUCUUGAAGAAGAACUUAAUGGAAACCCCCCAAAUUAUCUCUGAUUCAGUGGGCGACAAGCAAAACACGAGGUACACUCAUCGUUUUGCAGCGUUGAUGCACGUCCGGAUCCCCACCUUCGUGUCCUGGGGAGAUUACAGGAGGAUAUCCGGAGAUUUGGACAAACGCGUUGAUCAGGGAAUCUUCAAUGAUCUCGCCGAGGGUUCGAGGAUAUUCGAGUCCGUCAAGAACCAAGUGAACUCGCAAGGACUUCAAGGGCCGUUUUUCAAUCAUAUCAAAAAAGUCACAACUGCUAAUAUGAUCACAACAAAGUUACUUUCAACGAUGGAUGUUCAAAAGAAGCUGAUUUUUGAAAAGGAAGAAAGCGUUUCCAUCUACCCAACAUUCAAGCUAGUUUAA